UACAGAAACAUACAAAGGUGGCAUAAAUUCACCUUGAAAACUAUAAAAGUAUGGAUCAACUUCAUUCUAAGCCACUUAUGUAUUACUUCGAUUGCUCGAAGACAAAGUAAUUGGUGUCCAGUAGCAUCAGAAUGCAGUUUCUAUUUGUUUUUGUUAUUAGUAUUCAAGUUUUUGGAUUUGUUGCCACCAAAAAACUGCCAAAUUAUAUCACAUAUUGCCAUAGAGAUGACCCCCAGUUAAACGAAUGUGUAGCUAAAGCAAUCCAUCAAGUGAAACCUCAUUUGGCCGAGGGUAUACCAGAAUUUCAGCUACCUUCGAUGAAUCCUCUAUUCUUGCCUGAAGCCUCAUUGGAAAGUGGAGAAAACUUCAAGUGUACCUUCAAAAACAUCGAGGUCUUCUACGCUGAUGAGUUCAUUUUGAAAAAUGUCGAUAUCGAUCUGAAGAAUAACCGUGUUGAGAUGGUUAUAGUCUUCCCAAGAUUGAGGAUUAAGUCCAUUUAUGCGGUUUCAGGAAAGUUGCUCAUAUUGCAGUUGGAUGGAAGUGGACCAUCAGAUGGAAAUUUCACCAAUGUGGAAGCCAGAAUGAUCAUGAAUGGUUCCAGAUAUACGAAGAAUAACAAGGAAUAUAUGAACUUCGAUAAAAAUGAGUUGAAAUUGAAUGUGGGUCGUCCCAUUUUGAACUUCGAGAACCUAUUCGGACAAAACGAGGAACUAAAUGUACAGACCAACAGAAUCAUCAAUGAAAACAUUGAGGGCAUCAUCGAAGAACUCAGUCCUGUUUUGAAUAAAGUCAUAAGUGAAUUUAUUUUCGGUUUGAUUGGGAGGAUAUUUGCAAGGUUUUCAUUAGAGGAAUUAUUCCCAAAAUGAGGGAAUAAGGUAACAUACAAGAGGUACCUACAUUCGUACACAUCUUUUUCAAACCUGAUUCUGUUAUAUUUUAC